AUGAAAGAAUUAAUGGAAAAAAUCAAAACAGAUGUGGCUGUUAGAGAAGAGCAAGUGAGAGCGAAACGUGCUCUUCUUGACGCUGCAUUUAAGGAGUUAGCGUCAGUUCAGCCGCAUCCAUUGAAUAACGACUUCGUUGCGAAUGUACUCGGUGUUCGUGUCAAAGAGAUGAAUGUAGCAGAGGAGGUGAAAUUAACGUGUGAAAGUGAACGGCUUGUGGUUAGCGCAUGCCAAAGUGGUGUAUUACUAGAUGGAUGUUUGGAACUAGUGGUUGAGUGUAAGCUUAUUGAUGAUCCGCCCACAUAUACCAACGCCGAAAGGCUUUACCAAUGUCUUUGCGUGACGUGCUUCUCAGAGCAUAUUGAAAUGACCCCAAACGAAAUCAUCGCAAUGCUGAAUCGAUUGAGUGCUUUCACGAAUGUGGAUUUCGGUGACUGGUCUUUAAUAACGGGUAAUUUGAAUACUCAAUGGCAGGGUGUCACAAUCUUUUGUUCAAGCAACACGAUCAGUUCGAUACCUAGUGGAUGCCAUAUUUUUGUUAGACGAGCGUGCGAUUUGAUGCGAGUGAAACGUAGUUUAUAUUCUUAG